AUGACCUGCAAUUACUUGGUGGAGAAAUGCGACGUGAAAACUGGUAUCUGGGAGAAGGUACCUGGUCUCGUUUCUAACAAUUCCAUACAAGUGCGCAACCUGACUGAGGGUCGUCAAUACACCUUCCGUGUUCGAGCAGUUAACAUGCUGGGCUCUAGCGAGCCUGGAGAGGUGUCAUCUGCAGUUACGGCAAAGAAUCCAUAUGAACGCGGACUUCGGUUAGGCUUUAUGGAAGUUGUCAAUCUAAAUAAGCUUAAAGAUAGCAUAAAAUUUCUAUCAUUUCCGGACGGAAUGUUCCUAAUACCUGUAAAAUUGGGUACUGAAAAUAGAAUAGUUAUAAAACCUAGCAUUAUUUUUUUGGCUUAA